CUCCCCAAAGCCAAUAUAAAGACGGUGGGGGAAAGAGUCACCUUUGUCACUUUGCUCUCUCGAGUCACGGACACAAUCCCCACUGGACACCGUGGACACUCCUGGGACACUCAACAGCUUUGGUGGGGUGGGGGGCCGUCCUGGAUUCUUACCCUGGAGAAAGCAUCAACGACCAACCACGGGACCCCCUUCCUGUUGAAGACCUGUCACCACCAUCAUCAUCAUCAUCAUCAUCAAAAGCACCAUGAGGCUCUUCAACCUGCGCCACCUGCUCUACCUGCUCACCUUCAUCCUGCUCUUGCUAGCGACCGUGGUGGUCCCAGCCUCCUCCGCCCGCCAGGAUUUCCUGAACCUGAGGAGAAAGUACCACCGACACUUCUGCCUGCACAGACGCUGCCUGCCCCUCCACUCCAGGGUCCCCUUCCCCUGAGCCGCAAAGAUGCUAUCCAGACAUCACGGAUGGAUGGAUGGAUGGAUGGACGGAAGGAAGGACGGACGGACGGAAGAAGAGCCUCGCUGGGGCAGCCGUAGCACGACACGAUACCACAAGAGACAAUGGUGUGUUGGUGGGUUUGAUCCCAGCCCUGUCCCUUCCCCUUCAGGAAGACCAAAGCAAUGAGAACUCCACAGAAGCGAAAGGAAAAGAAAGAGUCCACUUAUGACAAAAGAGGGCGGCUUGUUGUCUUCCUGUAAAGUUUUUAUUGUGUAUUCUAUGCACUUCUAAUCUUUAUUCAUACCUCUCAAUACUUUAAUAAAAAGUUCU